AUGGACGUGAUACACCUUCUGCGGAUAGAAUUCGUGGCGUCUGCAGCUCUGGUGCUUCUCGUAUACGCUGUUUCAGCACUGAAGAAUCGCUUCCUAGCCUAUGGCGCUCGUUCCUCUCCUUCAAGGUCAGACAAUCGACCUCAACGGCAGAAGGUUCAGCGGCCGAAGGGCAACACCCUCACUAUUGCAUUGGACCGCCUAGCAGACUUCCGGGUACCGCACAGCUGGUUCACCACCUUCUACGUGACAUCUGUGUCGUGCCUACUUUUCUGGCUGAUACAACUUCUUCUCCGGGGCCCUAAUUUCCGCGCAGUAGCAACUCGUACCUCACCGCCACAAUACAGCAUGACUUUUCGACAGGUGCUGGUCACUUGGGCAUUGAUGCUUGUCCAGAGUAGCCGCAGACUGUACGAAUGCUUACAGUUUGCGCGGCCUUCGACUUCAAAGAUGUGGAUCGGUCAUUGGCUGCUUGGUAUAGGCUUCUACGGGGCGAUGAGCAUUGCCGUGUGGGUUGAGGGCAUCCCCGCCAUACAAAAUUACACCUUCUCCUGGAACGACCUGCCCAUCACAAUGCCUAAUCUUCGUACUUUCAUUGCUGGUCUAAUUUUCAUCCUCGCCUCCGGCUUCCAGCACGACUGCCACGCAUAUCUCGCCUCGCUCAAGCCGAGAAGCAAAGCGAGUGCCGCAGACGGCAAGAGCGAUUACCAGCUUCCAGAACACCCGGCAUUCAGUCGUCUAAUCGCUCCCCAUUACACGGCCGAAUGCCUCAUAUACGUCGCUCUCGCGCUGAUAGCGACACCGCAAGGCGCUUGGCUGAACUGGACCAUAACCAGCGCCUUGCUGUUUGUUGUUAUCAAUCUUGGCGUUACGGCUGACGGUACGAAGAAGUGGUAUGAAACGAAGUUUGGUCCAGCCGCUGUCGCUGGCAAAUGGAGGAUGAUUCCAUUGAUCUUCUAA